AUGCUAGGGCAGUAUCCAAACUCCUUGGCCGUCAAUGCUAUUACUUCUGGAGGACAAGAUGCAUAUUGUCUGCGCUCAGGCGGAGUUCAAGUCCUAAAGGGCCUUCAGAGGAAGAGAGAUGUAGGUCCUUCAAGGAGAAAGGGUUGUAACAGGAAGAAUCCAGCUGACUUUCCAGUAAGGAGCCAUUGCCCUUAUAAAGGGCAGGGAAUCCUUAAGGGGGUGACCGCAUGGGGUCAGGAGGAGCCCGGUGGGGCUGGCCCAGGGAGGAUUCAUCGGCCCCGCUACGUGUUCUGCAGCCCUACUGUGUGUCUCGGGACUGGCGCCCAAAGGCCGGCUGCCCACUGGGCGCACGUAGCCCGCGAGGUAACUGGCGCACGGAACAAGUCGGCCUGCUCUCCCGAAACCGUCCUUAGCCAGCCGGGGCAAGCCCGCUCCUCCCGGCGCGCCAGCCAGCCGUCUCUCGGCACUUGGAGUUCCCUGUCCGGCCGGCGGUGGGCGCGCGCCCCACGAGGCCCGAGCCCGCUGCCGUGUGCAGAGCGGGCCGGCCCCGCCGAGCCUUGGGGUCCCGCGGCCUCGGCGCCCACACGCCCCCAGCUCCGUGCACGCAGCCUGCAGAGGUUGGUGCGGCUAGUGCACUCGGGGUCGAGACCGGCCCACCCGCCGGCAGUACGGCGGGCCUGGCCGCACGCCGGGACCCCGCCGCGGAGGGGGAUGGGGAGGGAGGAGAGACUGGAGGAGUUGGAGACAGACACAGCCUCGGCGAGCACAGUUACGGCUGGAGACAGACGGCGGCGGGAGGCGGAACACUCCCCCCCUCCGGCGACGGGAGGCGGGACACCUCCCUCGGCGGCUGCCGCACCGUCUCCCUCCUCCCCCGCCCCCCCUCCCGGAGGCUGCGGGCCGGGCCCGGCGGGACAGGCAGGCGAGUGCGGCUGGCCCUGCCCGCCCCGCGCGCCGCCGCGGCCGGCCGGGGAUCCCCUGCGAGCCGGGGAGGAGCCGCCGCCGCCGCCGCCAGACAGGCUGCGAGUCCCUGGGAAAACCCGGCGCACCGCGCCGCGCUCCCCGCCGACCCGCUGCGCGCCCCCCGCCGCGGCGGCCCCGCAUCCCGCGCCCCUCCCCCGCGGCCAGCAGGGCCGGUGGCCCCGCGGGCCGCACUGCAGGCGGUACCCCGCCUCCGCUCCGGAGGGACGGCCGCAGGGGGCGGAGGACGCGGGGACAGGACGCUCCGGGAACGGGACGUCCGCUAGCCUGCGCCGUCGGCGGGGCCCGGAGGGAGCUGCCCAGCCCCGUGAGUCCUCCCCAGACCGGCGAGUCCCCCGGAGACGAGUUCUCGAGCAGUUCAAGCUCUAUAUUUGUAACAUCACACCGUUGUCUCCUGAUUGGACCAUUUUCAAGAACUCACAUCAGUUUUCAUACAGCUUAAAAGCAAGGGGAGAGGCGAAGCAGAGAGCAGCAGAUCAGACCAUACUGAGCUCCCUUAGAGCGGCUGAGACCCGUGGAGGAUGCUGGCUGUCAAGUGCUGAGGAGGGCCUCACUCUAAGGUGGGAAAGCAGGUGUCAGCGGGACAGCUUCCUCUGCUCCUGGGCUCACCAUGGCCUUCACUCUUUGGCUGGACGGCUGACGUGACUGUGUGCCCCAAGCGUGCACGCUGCUGGACUGGGUGCUGUCCCAGGUACUGCCUGCUCUCAGGGUCUGGGAGCAGGGCAGGUGGGCAUCAGAUGCUACCAAAAGCCGGACGGGGCAGAGCGAUGGACUCCGACAAGCUAAGAUGGAAGUGACCUGAGGCCUCGCCCAGGCGGUUUCCUCUUGACAGGAUAGCUUAAGAGUUGGAGCACAGGCUUGUCUGGGGAGCAGUAUGCAGGAAACUGAUUAUCAGGCCACAAAUGCUUUCACAGGUGAGAAUCCUCCACACUUAAAACUUUGUUUCAACUCUUAGUUGGUAGGUAAUAAAAUACCAAACAACUCUAUAAAAUGAGUGUGCAUUUGCAUUUAUGAACUGAAGGCCAAACAGAGUCAAGGGGCUCAGGCUGCCAUGGUAACUGAUUUUGA